AGCAGACCGCGUUUCGCGAGUGAUUUGCGUGAUUGGAUUUUAAGUCACAAAUUUUAGUAUUUAUUUCGUGGUAUAUAUCGUAGUUUCCUGAAGUAUUUCCCAAGGAAAAUGUCCGAAGCACCCGAAGGAAAGCUUUCGAAAAACUGAAUGUGGUGUUGGCGAUGAGAAUAUUUGCCGAAUGUAGCGAAGAAAGCAAGGAGAAUGCAAUAGUCUGACGAAACAGGUCGAGCCAAAAAAGAAACCCAGUGCACGUGUUUCUUAUUAAAUACAAACCAAUAGAAAUUAGGUUCAAUGAAAUGUUACACUUGAGAAAUGUUAUUCGCUCGAUUAGUAUUCGAAGUAAGGGCUGCACAGAAAAACCAUGGAUGGCAGCAACAAUUUUUAACUCAAAUGAGAUAAUACGGCUGAAAUCCACUCGACAAAAAGCUGAACUCAAACGUCGUCUGAAGGCGGAACAGAAAGCGAAAGAGAAGGAUGAGAAAGGAAAACAAGCUUCUGCAGCUGUCGCAGAGGGAACUGCUAAGGCUAAACCCGAGCAAAAAGUGAACGAGGAGGAAAUCUCACCCAAUGAGUACUACAAAUUGCGUAGCUCUGCGGUGGCCAAGCUAAAACAGUCCGGCGAAACCCAUCCGUAUCCGCAUAAAUUUCACGUCAGCUGCUCUCUGGAAGCUUUCAUCGAGAAGUACAGCGGGCUGAAGGAUGGCGAAAUGGUGGAAGAGGAUUCGCUCUCGGUUGCGGGAAGAAUACACGCCAUUCGGGAGUCGGGUGGAAAGCUUAUAUUCUAUGACUUGCGAGGUGAGGGCGUGAAACUGCAGGUGAUGGCCAACGCCAAGCUUUAUGAACACGAAUCGGCAUUCGCCGUGGACACUGCUCGCCUGCGCAGAGGCGAUAUUGUAGGCAUUCAAGGGUACCCGGGGAAAACCAAGAAAGGCGAACUUUCUGUGGUUCCCAAAAAGCUGAAAUUGCUCUCUCCGUGCCUACACAUGUUACCGAAUCUACAUUAUGGAUUGAAGGACAAGGAAACACGCUUCCGACAGCGAUAUCUGGAUUUGAUCUUGAACAACAACGUUCGUAACAUUUUCUGCACCCGGGCUAAGAUCAUCAGUUACGUGAGACAGUUUCUGGACGGUAUGGGUUUCCUCGAGGUGGAAACCCCAAUGAUGAAUAUGAUUGCGGGAGGAGCAACCGCUAAGCCUUUUGUAACGCAUCACAAUGACCUGAACAUGAAUCUGUUCUUGAGAAUUGCACCAGAGUUGUAUUUGAAGAUGUUGACCGUGGGUGGAUUGGAUCGAGUGUACGAAAUUGGUCGCCAGUUUCGCAAUGAAGGAAUCGAUUUGACGCACAACCCGGAAUUCACCACGUGCGAAUUUUACAUGGCUUAUGCUGACUACAAUGACAUUAUGGAGAUAACUGAGAAAAUGGUUUCCGGGAUGGUAAAGAGCAUACAUGGAAGCUACAAGAUUAAGUAUCAUCCUGAGGGGCCGGAUGGUACUGAGUUUGAGAUCGAUUUCACUCCUCCGUUUAAGCGAGUUUCGAUGAUCAGUUCGCUGGAAGAAAUUCUCAAAGUUCAGUUCCCCAGCGCGACUAAUCUCAACACUCCGGAAGCGAAUAAAUUUCUGAGUGAUUUAUGUACUAAACACGAGGUCGAAUGUCCACCACCACGAACGACGGCCCGUUUGCUGGACAAGCUGGUCGGCGAGUUUCUGGAAGAGAAUUGCAUCAAUCCAACGUUCAUCUGCGAUCACCCACAGAUCAUGUCUCCUUUGGCAAAGUAUCAUCGAAGUGCCGAAGGUCUGACCGAAAGGUUCGAGCUUUUCGUUAUGAAGAAAGAGAUCUGCAAUGCGUACACCGAGUUGAAUGACCCCGCCGUGCAGCGGGAGCGAUUCGAGCAGCAGGCUGCCGAUAAGGCCGCUGGAGAUGACGAGGCUCAGCUAGUCGACGAGAAUUUCUGUACUGCCCUUGAGUAUGGCUUGCCACCAACUGGGGGCUGGGGUUUGGGUCUUGAUCGGUUAACUAUGUUCCUGACAGACAAUAAUAACAUCAAGGAAGUUUUGCUCUUCCCGGCUAUGAAGCCAGACGAUCAAAAUAAGCAUAUUUCGCCGGAAGGCGCAGCGCCUCCUGCCGACGAUGCAGCACCAACAAGCAGCGGAAAGUAGAUGGCUGAAUCUGUAAGAACGAAAAUCUGAGCUGCGUUUCUGAAAGUUUCUUCAUGAAUUAAAAAAAAAUUACGAUAUGCUCGCAUUAUUUAUUUUA